AUGCUUGCAUCACAAAAAGGUCAUCUUGAAGCUGUUAAAUAUCUUAUCUCAGUUGGAGCUAAUAAAGAAGCAACUUCUAAUAAAGGAUGGACUCCACUCAUUAUUGCAUCAGAAUAUGAUCAACUUGAAGUUGUUAAAUAUCUUAUCUCAGCUGGAGCUAAAAAAGAAGCAAAAGAUAAAGAGGGAAAUACUCCACUCAUUUGGGCAUCAAAAGAAGGUCAUCUUGAAGUUGUUAAAUAUCUUAUCUCAGUUGGAGCUGAUAAAGAAGCAAAGAAUAAAUCUGGAGAAACUCCACUCAUUUGGGCAUCAUUAAAAGAUCACUUUGAAGUUGUUAAAUAUCUUAUCUCAUCUGGAGCAAAUAAAGAAGUAAAGAGUAAAUUUGGAAAAAAUGCACUAUCAGUUGCAAAAAAUGCCGUUAAAGAUUAUUUACUUUCUAUUUAA